CAUUUGUACGUCACUACUCGAGGUUCCAAGUUCUCAAUCCUUUGAAUGGCGCCAAAAGGAGAGAAGAAGCCAGCAGAGAAGAAACCAGCAGAGGAGAAGAAGUCCACCGUCGCUGAGAAAGCUCCGGCGGAGAAGAAGCCGAAGGCCGGAAAGAAGCUUCCAAAGGAAGGUGGUUCAGCCGCCGGAGAGAAGAAGAAGAAGAGAAGCAAGAAGAGCGUUGAAACAUACAAGAUCUACAUCUUCAAGGUUCUGAAACAAGUUCACCCAGACAUUGGUAUCUCAAGCAAAGCCAUGGGUAUCAUGAACAGUUUCAUCAAUGAUAUCUUCGAGAAACUCACUCAAGAAUCUUCCAGACUUGCUCGUUACAACAAGAAGCCAACAAUCACUUCAAGGGAAAUUCAGACCGCGGUCAGGCUUGUUCUGCCCGGUGAAUUGGCCAAGCAUGAUGUUUCUGAGGGUACCAAGGCUGUCACUAAGUUUACCAGUUCUUAGAUUUGAGAUCUAGUUUCCUAUAGGUUGUUACUAUGUCUGUUUAUGCACCAUUAGUCUUUUUUUUUUUUGUAGUUUUUUUUUUGUUUUUGAUUUGUAAUGAACUGAUUGGAUCUUGUUGAUCCCUUUUGUUAAUGAAAAUGGUGGAAUUAAUGA